GGUGCGAGAGAGACAACUGUCAGUUUAUCGAGCCUUGUAUUAUUGAAUCAUGCUGUAUAUACUGUGACUUUAUUUAAUUACGUUAACCAAAUGGUGUGAGGUAAAAAAUAGGACUCAGUCUCAAAGAGAAAACAGUUCAGAAACGAAAACAAAAAUAAGUUGUGUGUUUGAACAAUACAAAAAUAUGCGUUCUUCAUCAAAAGCGUGAAACUUGUACACAAGUUUUGGGUAAUGCCGCUGAGAAGACAAAUUGCUUCCUGCAAAAAUAAUGAUUUUUAAGGUGGUCUGUAUUUGGAUUAUACUUUGGCCGCUGCAAAGUUUUUUGGCAAAUGUAGUCACUAAUUGUCCAGACAUUUGUCAAUGCAAAACAACUUCCGAGAACAGUUCUUACAUCCGAGUAAAAUGCGGUGGGAUUAAAAAUAUGUCUGUAUCGGACUGGAAAGAAGUACAGCUUACUGAUAUUACAGCACUCGUGGUAUCGCUUGAUUUAAGUAACAACGCAUUUCCAAUUCUUCAAAGUGAGGACUUUCAUAACUUAACUCAACUGAAGCGGUUGGAUUUGUCAUCAAAUAUGUUACGAAAAAUUGAUAAGGACACAUUUGCAGAUGCUUUACCUAAUCUGGAACGCUUGAAAUUGAGUAACAAUGCAUUACGGCACAUAUAUUCUGGAUCAUUUGAGCUUAUGUCGAAUUUAAAGCAUCUGGACAUAUCCAAUAAUCCCUUGGUAUGCAAUUGUGACUUAAUAUGGCUUUUAGCCUGGACCAACGACCGCUCAAUUAAAUUACAACCCUCUCCAAAAUGCGAGUCUCCAGUUUAUUUUAAAGGCACAUUCUUAAAAAAACUCAAGGUGGGCGUAGACUUGCAUUGUGAAUCUCCUCUACAAACGCUACUAGAGCUAACACCUUACAAAAAUCAGGUAAAUAUUAUUGGGCUUGUUCAUAAAAAAUAAAAAGAUUACGAUUUC